UUGGCUGAGUGGAAGGGUAGGGGGGCCGGGCGAUAGGGGGGAGGGAGGGAAAGGACGGUUAGGAGAAGAGAAAAGCGGAGAGAGGAACAUGAGGAUGAGUCUCCCGCGACACCCUUCGCCGCCUUCUCCCUCCACCACCACCACCACCACCUCCUCUUCUUCCUCCGGAGGCUCUUCUUGCUGACGACGACUCCCCGCCCGAGUCCUCCGAGUCCUCCUCCCCCCCCCCGCCGGCCCCAAGCUGGCUGCGCCACUGGCCAUGGUGCCCAGCGAAGACAACCAGCUGGUCCCUAAAGAGGAGAUGCUUUGGAGAUGCAGACAGAAUAUAUUUGAUGAAAUGAAGAAGAAAUUUUCACAGAUUGAAAAUGCUGCUGAUGAACUUAGAGUGCUUUGUAUAAUACAAGAUACUACCAAUGCUAAAACAGUGAAUGAGCGCAUCACAUUGAAUUUGCCAGCUUCCACCACAGUAAAAAAACUAUUUGAAGAUAUAGCCUCCAAAGUGGGCUAUGUUAAUGGAACAUUUGAUUUAAUUUGGGGAAAUGGAGUCAAUGUUGCUAAUACGACACCACUGGAUCAUUUGAGUGAUAAAUCUGUUGUUGAUUCUGGUUUUGAACCUGGGAAAAAGAAUUUUCUGCAUUUGACGGAUAAAGAUGGAGAACAACCUCAAGUGGUAUUGGAGGAGUCUGGUGGAUCAGAUGACCACAAUCCUGAUAGAUUUAUAGGUCCUCUACCAAGAGAAGGUUCAGUUGGCUGUUCCAGUGAUUACGUCAGUCAGAAUUACUCUUAUUCAUCAAUUCUGAGCAAAUCGGAAACGGGAUAUGUGGGUCUAGUAAAUCAGGCAAUGACCUGUUAUUUGAACAGUCUUCUACAAACUCUUUAUAUGACUCCUGAAUUUAGAAAUGCAUUAUAUAGAUGGGAAUUUGAAGACUCUGAAGAAGAUCCAGUGACAAGCAUCCCUUACCAACUUCAAAGAUUGUUUGUUUUAUUGCAGACCAGCAAAAAGAGAGCAAUUGAAACUACAGAUGUUACACGAAGCUUUGGAUGGGAUAGUAGUGAGGCAUGGCAGCAGCAUGAUGUGCAGGAACUCUGUAGAGUCAUGUUUGAUGCUUUGGAACAAAAAUGGAAACAAACAGAGCAGGCUGAUCUCAUAAAUCAGCUCUACCAAGGCAAGCUGAAGGACUAUGUAAGAUGCCUGGAAUGUGGCUAUGAGAGCUGGAGAAUUGAUACUUACCUGGAUAUUCCAUUGGUUAUUCGACCUUAUGGCGCCAAUCAGGCCUUUGCUAGCGUGGAGGAAGCUCUACAUGCUUUUAUUCAGCCUGAGAUCCUUGAUGGUGCCAAUCAGUAUUUCUGUGAACGAUGCAAGAAGAAAUGUGAUGCAAGAAAGGGAUUGCGAUUCUUGCAUUUUCCUUAUUUGCUGACCUUGCAGUUAAAAAGAUUUGAUUUUGAUUAUACCACUAUGCAUAGGAUAAAACUUAACGACCGUAUGACAUUUCCUGAAGAGCUAGAUAUGGGCUCAUUCAUUGAUAUUGAAGAUGAGAAGUCUCCUCAAACAGAGAGCUGCACUGAUAGUGGAGCAGAGAAUGAAGGCAGUUGUCACAGUGAUCAGAUGAGUAAUGACUUUUCUAAUGACGAUGGCAUUGAUGAAGGAAUAUGUCUUGAAAACAAUAGUGCUGCUGAAAGAAUUUCAAAAGUUGUCAAUGAAAAGAAUUCAUUACUAUAUGAAUUAUUUUCUGUUAUGGUUCAUUCGGGAAGUGCAGCUGGCGGUCACUAUUAUGCAUGCAUAAAAUCCUUUAGUGAUGAUCAGUGGUACAGUUUCAAUGAUCAGCAUGUUAGCAAGAUAACUCAUGAAGACAUUAAGAAAACUUACGGUGGAUCAUCUGGAAGUCGUGGCUACUACUCCAGUGCUUUUGCAAGCUCGACAAAUGCAUAUAUGCUUAUAUAUAGACUAAAGGAUACAACUAGAAAUGCAAAGUUCUUAGAAGUCAAUGAAUAUCCAGAGCAUAUUAAACGAUUAGUAGAAAAAGAAAAGGAACUGGAAGAACAAGAAAAGAGGCAGCGUGAAAUAGAACGCAAUACUUGCAAGAUAAAAUUAUUCUGUAUGCAUCCUGUAAAACAAAUAAUGAUGGAAAAUAAACUGGAAGUUCAUAAAGAUAAGACUCUGAAGGAAGCUGUGGAGAUAGCUUAUAAGAUAAUGGAUUUAGAAGAGGCAGUUCCUUUGAAUUGCUGCCGUCUUGUUAAAUAUGAUGAGUUCCAUGAUUAUCUGGAACGAUCCUAUGAAGAAGAAGAUGACAUUGCAAUGGGAAUCUUGCUUGGUGGUGUUAAAUCAACCUACAUGUUUGAUCUUCUUCUGGAAACCAGGCGACCUGAUCAGUCUUUCCAAUGUUACAAACCUGGUGAAGUCAUGGUAAAGGUUCAUGUUGUUGACCUAAAACAGGACACAGUGGCUCCUCCAAUUAGUGUCCGUGCUUAUUUGAACCAAACAGUUACAGAAUUCAAGUAUCUCAUUUCGAAGGCUGUACAUUUACCUGCUGAAACAAUGCGUGUUGUUUUGGAACGUUGCUAUAAUGAUUUGCGUCUUCUCAGUGUGGCUAACAAAACACUUAAAGCUGAAGGCUUUUUUAGGAGCAAUAAAGUAUUUGUUGAAAGUUCUGAUUCUCAAGAUAGACAGCUGCCAUUUACAGAUUCACAGUUAUGGAAACUCCUAGAUCGCCAUGCAAAUACAAUCAGACUGUAUGUUUCAUUACCGGAACAGUCUCCUGGAUCAUUGUUCAGAAGGACAAUAUUUCAAAAGGCGAGUGGAGAUUCAGGCAGUUUAGAUGCAAAUUGUGAAGCAGGGAAAGGAUCUUUACCUAAUGCAAAAUCUGUAGAAGCUAUCCUAGAAGAGAGCACUGAAAAACUUAAAACCUUGUCCUUACAGCAACAGCAGCAGGAAGGAGAUAAUGGCGACAGCAGCAGAAGCACAGAGGCCAGUGACUUUGAAAAUAUUGAAUCGCCUUCCAAUGAGGCAGAUUCAUCAGCAUCAAUUGAAAACCAGGAACUCGAAAACCAAAUACAGGUUUCUGAUACAGAUAAUUUCCAAUCAGAGGAGCGGUCAGAUUCCGAUUUGAACAAUGACAGAAGCACAAGUUCAGUGGACAGUGAUAUUCUUAGUUCCAGCCACAGCAGUGACACGUUAUGCAAUGUCGAUAAUGCCGCUAUAUCCUUAGCGAAUGGACUUGAUUCACACAGCAUAACAAGCAGUAGGCGAUCCAAAGCCAACGAAGGGAAAAAGGAAACAUGGGAUACGGCCGAAGAGGACUCUGGAACCGACAGUGAAUAUGAUGAAAGUGGGAAAAGCAGGGCAGAAGCCCAGUUUAUGUACUUCAAGGCAGAACCCUACAUUGCAGAAGAAGGUUCAGGAGAGGGGCAGAAAUGGUUGUUGAUUCAUGUUGAUAAAAGAAUUACACUCUCUGCCUUCAAACAACUCUUGGAGCCGUUUGUUGGAGUUCCAUCUUCUCAGUUUAAGGUCUUUCGAAUUUAUGCCAGCAAUCAAGAAUUUGAGAGUGUCCGGUUGAAUGAGACUCUUUCAUCCUUCUCAGAUGAUAACAAGAUAACUAUCAGGUUUGGAAGAGCACUGAAGAAAGGGGAAUACAGAGUCAAGGUUUACCAACUUUUAGUGAAUGAUCCAGAGCCCUGCAAGUUUCUUAUAGAUUCAGUUUUUGCUAAGGGAAUGACUGUGAGGCAAUCAAAAGAGGAGUUACUUCCUCAGCUCAGGGAGCAAUGUGGGCUGAAUUUGACUGUUGACAGAUUUCGUCUAAGAAAGAAGACUUGGAAAAAUCCAGGGACUGUGUUUCUGGAUUAUCAUGUCUAUGAAGAAGAUAUUAAUAUUUCAAGUAACUGGGAGGUUUUCCUAGAAAUACUUGAAGAAGCAGAAAAAAUGAAAUCUAUGUCACAACUUGCUGUUCUGUCAAGAAGAUGGAGGCCAUCAGAGAUGAAACUGGAUCCUUUUCAAGAAGUAGUUUUAGAGAACAGCAGUGUUGAUGAAUUAAAAGAAAAGCUUUGCGCAAUAAGUGGAAUCGUCUCAGAAAAUAUUGAAUUUGCAAAGGGUAGAGGGACAUUUCCAUGUGAGAUCUCCAUUCUAGAGAUACAUCAAGAUUUGGACUGGAAUCCGAAGGUUUCCACACUGAAUGUAUGGCCUCUCUACAUCUGUGACGAUGGAGCAGUAAUAUUUUAUAGGGAUAAAACCGAAGAAAUGGUGGAACUAACUGAAGAACAGAGAAAUGAACUCAUGAAAAAAGAAAGCAGUAGACUUCAGAAAACUGGACAUCGUGUGACCUACUCCCCUCGUAAAGAAAAAGCACUAAAAAUAUAUCUUGAUGGAGCGCCAAAUAAAGAUUUGACUCAAGACUGAUAUUUAUUUCAGCAUUUUCUCUGGGAAAUUUUUCUUAAGUGUGAAAAAGGUACACAACUACUGUGUAGUGCCAUUAUGGCAGGACAUUAGGUAUAAAGAAGAGGCAUCAGCACUGAUUGGUAAAGGACAGCCCAGUCCAGUUCAGUGCCCAGUCAAAUCCCCGUUUGACUUGGAAUCACGUUGUGCACUAUAGUCAAAUGUACUGUAAAGAGAAAAGGGAUGUGCAAAUAAAAACCCAGAAAAGCGGGGAGGGUAAUCGGCAAAAAUUGGAGAUAAAUGUGCACAUAGCAGUAGCUAGUCAACUAGCCACAGACAGGAUAUUCAUAGCUUAAUAAAAGCUGUGCAAAGGCCAUGAAUGAUUUUUGUUUUGUUUUUUCACUGAUACACACAUUACCUCACAGAAGAUUUCUGAAGUAAAUGUGACAGUGGUUUUUAUAAAAGCAAAGAUGUGGAAAUGGACUAGAAAUGUGAUGAAAUUGGCAAAACUCAUCCCUUAAAGCUUACAGGUUUAACUCAUUGGACUCAUCUUCCAUGAAGCGAAGACACCUGGAGAAAAAGUAUUUUUAGUAAAAGUUACCAUUGCCAGCAGGUGGUGUUUAUUUUGCAGAAGUGUUGUAACUGAUUUUUAGUUAGGUUAUGAAUAAUGGCAGUCACUAUUCUGUUCAGUGUGUAAAUACUAUUUUGCUCUCCUGAGUUACCAGAAAUACAUUUCAAUUGCUUACUAUGGUAUUUCUUUCCACAUAUCAAUAUUCACUGUGUACAUUUAAGAGUAUAGCUGGCUAUUUAAAUUUGUAUCCCUUUUGUUUUGGGGGGGGCAACGUUGGGUACUUAGAUUUGUAAUGUUUCCUUGUUAAUGAGUUUCAGGGCUUUUUGUUUGAUUAGCUACUUAUUUUUGUACAUUUUUGGACUGGGAUUCUUUCGAGUUUGCUUUUUCUAGCAUCAUUGCAAAUCACACUUUUUCUUGAGAGUUGAUUCAUAGUUUUUAUAUGUAGCUUUUUUUAAAUGAAUGGCCUUCAUUUAACACCUCCCAGUAUAGUUUGCAGUAGUUCAAAAUGUGGUACAGAUUGAUGCAGAACAUAUGAUUUCAAUGCAAAGCAUAUAUGAGAUUUAAUUUGCUACAUAAGAGCAAUUACAGACAAUAUCAUAGAGGGGUUUCUUUUUCUUUUCUCUUUUUGAAAAUGCUAUCUAAUUUAUAUCAGUCAAAGGUUUUGGUAAAUUUUUCCAUGCCAGAUGCUGUUUACAACCAUGAACAUGCAAAUAAAACAUUUGUUCAUUCUAUUGUUA